AAAAUAUCACAUAAUAUAUUUAGUACCCAACAAAAUGUCUACGAGUUAAUUUAAAAAAAUAAAAACAUCUAGUUGAUUAUUCUAAUUCAAUGGAUCUAUUAUUGUAUAUAUUGGCCGGUUUUGGUGUGUUUUCAUUAUUAUUAAUAAUAUUAAAACUGUUGGUACUAUUGUUCACGUGUUGUGGUGAUAGUAAAAGUCGGCGCAAACAUUUCAAACCUAUUGGUGAUAGCGAUGUCUACACCGCAAAGAACUCGUUGACAAUAAUCUCAGCCAAUGAGGCCAUUGAACAGAUGGAUCAGAUGCUCGAACAGUACACAAAGCCAAAAGUGGUGGUCUCUCGUCAGUGCAUUUGCCCGAACUGUACGAAAGAGAUCAACAAAAUAGUGAUCAACGAUCACAACAAUCAUCACAUUAUCAUCGGCUCAUCCGAUGUGAUCGACACCAGAAGUAGUGGUAGUCUUAUGGCUGACAAAACCCUCGAAGAAGUGACCGAAGAGGAAGACAUGGAGGCCAGGGAUGAGGCGGACGGCGCGGACAGUCACCGACACGGAUCCAGCGUUGAUGACGACAGUCUUAUGAUAGAUAUGGAGGACAUACUGGUGUUGGACGACAAUCGGGAUGACAUGCCCUGCAAUGUGUAUAAUAAUGUUGUGACCGAAUUGAAGCAAAAGUUUGAGUUGAUUAUCACUAAUGAUCACAGGCUUCGCAAUAAUACCAUGAUUAAUCCUGAUGAUCUUGGCAAUGUUGAAUCUACCGAUAUGUAGAUUAAGUUAAUGUACA